ACCCCCCUCCAGUCCUUUGCCUUCAUGACAUGACGAUCGUCGACGGAAACAGCGAGAACGAUCUUAUUCGCUUGCUCAACACCAUCCAAGAACUUUCUGAGCAGCUUACACAGAACCGCUCCAUAUCAAUUUCACUGCAUGCAUCAGCUGGUGCUGUAAAGACUCAAGCAGCACAUACACAGACGGGUUUUAUCCUCCGCAGGUUCAACCUCGACAAGGUCCAAGAUGUGUACGACGCAGAACUAGAGCGUAUGAAUGCCUCUCUUGCAGCUGAGAAUCAGACGCUGCAGCACGACAACAAACAGCUUGGUGCGCUCAUUCGAGAGUACGAGCAGACACUGGAAAGCGUUAUGAGUGCAUUCCGCACAAGAGCUCGUGACGUUCAAGAGCACGAGCUCGCUCUCAUUCGUGAGUACGAAUCGAAGCUUAUUGCCAGGGAGUCGGAGGACCUUCUCCGGGCGCUGUCGGGUAGCACCGCCCAAUCCGCGGCCCUCGGGCGGAUAUCAAACACGCUGCGUCACCUCAUGCGCGUACUCAACGGGGAAGAUGCCGAAGUUGCUGAUACUCCUUCGCCUGAGGCAAGGCAAGGUGAUGCGGAAGAGUUUGAUUUCGAAGAAAAGAAGGACUGGUCUCUCGAGAGGGACUGUGAGCUCGCACGCUUGGAACGGGAGAACGCUGUAUUGCGGAGAAUGCUGGGGAUGGAGGUACAGGAGAUAGAAGCUGAUGUUAAAUGGAACGUUCCAGAUUAUGCAGUAGACAGCUCGCGCCUACUUGGAUCGCGUCCUGGAUCAAGCAAGCAUCCUUCCCAGCCUCUGCAACUACAAAAGAAAAUACUGGGUGGGGCACCAGGCACAGUGGGACCAUACGGAACGUACAAGAAGGGCAAAUCAGGCUAAACAGAUUUCUAUCCAUUUUCAUCAUUUCAUUACUUGUGGACUUUGUGCAUUGAUACCAUGAUUCGACGGCAGGAUACUCGCAAUACUUCUAUGCGUUCGUACGCAAGAUCUAUGACGAGCUAGAUGAGUAAAUCUACGAGCAGACAACACGAACACGAACAGUUCAUCGGUACAAACGAUUAGCGAGUUUCGUGCAGCCCCCUCAUAGUUCCGAUAGCAAGAGAUUUUGUUAGACCCUGAGAAAUGCCCCCUCUUCACCAGCCAAACUUGGCCCAAGUAUCACAUCAUGACAUCUAUCAGAACUAAUCUCGGUGUGCUGUUAUUUGGCCUU